AUGAACUCCCUCCGCAUUGCUCGUGCGGCUCUCCGGGCGCGCCCCGCCGCCAUUCGCGCUCCCCUGCAGCGCAGAGGUUAUGCUGAGGCCGUCUCGGACAAGAUCAAGCUCAGCUUGUCGCUACCCCACCAGUCCAUCUACAAGUCCCAGGAUGCCGUCCAGGUCAACAUCCCCGCCGAGUCCGGUGAGAUGGGUGUCCUCGCCAACCACGUCCCGUCGAUUGAGCAGCUGAAGGCCGGUAUCGUUGAGGUCAUCGAGGAGAGCGGCAGCAAGCGUUUCUUCCUUUCCGGUGGUUUCGCCGUCGUCCAGCCCAACUCGGCCCUGAGCAUCAACGCCGUCGAGGGGUUCCCGCUGGAGGACUUCAGCGCCGACGCUGUCCGUGCCCAGAUUUCCGAGGCGCAAAAGGUUGCGAAUGGCAGCGGCAGUGAGCAAGAUAUUGCUGAGGCGAAGAUUGAGCUGGAGGUCCUCGAGAGUCUCCAGGCUCACCUGAAGUAG